CACUGAACGAGACAAUCAACAUGGAUGUGUCAAUUACUUCCAGUAUAAAAAGGAUAACACAGCCAUACCUAGAUAUCUAUCAGGGCUGUCUUUUUUGAGGAUAAUCGACGUAUAGCCUCCAGGAUGUGUUCUUUAUGGGAGUAUAUAUCCGCCGUCUUACGACUAUAAAAGCAGAAUAUAGUAUCUGCACCUAUCCAUGCCUACUAUAUACACCCACUAUCCAUAAUCUAUACCUACUACCUAUACCCAGUAUCUAAAGAAACAAUGUCACGCAACAUCUGCAUCACCGCCGUGGAAGGCAACACAGGCUUCCUCAUCGCCGAGCUCCUCUUGACAGACGAGAACUUCAGCAAGGAAUUCUCCUCCAUCACCGGGCUGACGAUGAACGCAGAGCAUCCUCGCUGCAAAGACCUGGCCACCCUGGGAGCCAAGAUCAUCUCCUACCAGCCUGGCCGCGUGCGGGAUGUCUCGUCCACGUUGAGGCACACCAACGCCGACACGAUCUGUCUGGUUCCCCCUGCGCAUGUUGAUAAGGUGGAUAUUACCGGCGAGCUGAUUGAGGCCACCAAGAAAGCCGGGGUCCGCAACGCCCUCCUCCUCAGCUCGGCCGGGUGCGAUCUGGCGGAAACAAGCAAGCAGCCCGGUUUGAGAGAAUUUGUCGAUCUCGAGUCUCGCUUUCUGGCUUGUAAAUGUGAGCCGGAGACUGCUGGGGAAUCGUUGGUCAUCAUUCGUGCAGGCUUCUACGCUGAGAACCUCCUACGGUACGCACCCAAGGCCCAAGAGGACGGUAUCCUCCCUUUACCGAUUGGGAGGAGACAUAAAUUCGCCCCUGUUUCUCUAGGUGAUGUCGCCUUGCUAGCUGCGCAUGUCCUGAUCGGCAAAGGACCACAUGGAUUCAGUGAUCAACAUCGCGGCCAACUGAUGACCCUAACCGGGCCCAUGCUUUUGGAUGGCGAGGAAAUCGUCCGCCUAGCAGGCGAAGCUCUUGGAGUUGAUCUGAAAUUCGAGGACAUAUCCGAACAAGAAGCACACCGCGUCCUCCGCACCAACGGAGGCGAAAACGCCGAGGUGCAGUUUCUCCUCGACUACUUCUCGCUCGUCCGCGAGGGCAAGACCAACUACAUCUCCACGACGGCUUUUCACGAUGUCACGGGCGAUCAUCCGCAGGAGGCUCCGGAGUUCUUCAAGAACUAUUCGGCGGAAUUCAUGCCCAAGAAGGGAGCGGGGAACAAGAGGCGCAAAGUUGAUGGAAGUCGGACUUGAUAUACUAUCCUUAUC